AUGGAUCUUCACAGUUUCGGCCGUGUCCAUCUGGUGCAGUCGAAACACAAUCAUCGAUUCUACGCGAUCAAGGUCCUGAAGAAGGCGCAGGUGGUCAAGAUGAAACAGGUCGAGCAUACGAAUGACGAGCGACGAAUGCUCAAUCGCGUCAGGCAUCCGUUCUUGAUCACAUUGUGGGGUACCUGGCAAGACUCAAAGAAUCUGUACAUGGUGAUGGACUUUGUGGAGGGUGGAGAGCUCUUCAGUUUACUUCGCAAAUCUCAGGCUGAUGUCAUGGACCCAUCGCAGCGGUUCCCAAACCCUGUCGCCAAGUUCUAUGCGGCCGAGGUGACUCUCGCGCUGGAAUAUCUGCACUCUCAGCAGAUUAUUUACCGAGACCUGAAGCCAGAGAAUCUGCUACUGGACCGGCACGGCCACCUGAAGAUCACCGAUUUUGGGUUCGCGAAGGAGGUCCCUGACAUCACCUGGACUCUUUGUGGAACGCCCGAUUACCUUGCUCCAGAAGUUGUUUCGUCCAAGGGUUAUAAUAAAUCAGUUGAUUGGUGGUCACUUGGAAUUCUCAUCUUCGAAAUGUUGUGCGGCUUCACACCCUUCUGGGACAGUGGCUCGCCCGUCAAGAUCUACGAGAACAUUCUUCGGGGCCGUGUCAAGUACCCGCCCUACCUUCACCCGGAUGCCGUCGACUUGCUCUCCCAGCUCAUCACAGCGGACUUGACCAAGCGGCUGGGUAACCUUCACGGAGGUUCCGAAGAUGUGAAGAACCACCCUUGGUUCGCGGAGGUCACCUGGGAUCGUCUUGCACGAAAGGACAUCGAUGCUCCUUAUGUUCCCCCUAUCCGCGGAGGUCAGGGUGAUGCCAGUCAAUACGAUCGCUAUCCUGAGGAGACGGAACAAUACGGCCAGCAGGGCGAUGAUGUGCAUGGCCAUUUUUUCCCUGACUUCUAG